GAAAUAGCCGUGCAGUUUGGCUUGUAGACACCUCAACUUCGAAACUCCAUUUAUAUCAAUUAUCAGACAUUCACGAUGAGGCCUGACGUUGUUUACGAUACAACGCGCAUAACCGAGAUGCUCUGUUCUAUGCCUGUCUCAUUGUCAUUCAGGCUAUUCUGAAGGAAUGAUACGCUUAUCGUCAUCGCCCGGGCAAAGCCGGAUCUAGCGAGGCUUGGAGUGUCGUUGUUUAUCAUCACCACUUUUCCCACAUGACCUCUCAUUACCGACUCACCGCGUGUGCUAUCUCCGGUCUAUCCACACCUCCCUGGUAUAGCCGCACCUUUUUUCUUUCUUUCUGUCUUCUUAUCCUCCGGCUCGUUUCGUUCCAUCCCGAGCCUUGUCCAUCUCCACUAUGUUCAAAUAUCCCGCGAUGCCGCUGUCUCCGCGCAUCCUCUCCGGAAACUAUGGCACUUCCCUGCUGUAGGCCUUGGUAUCUGUCACUAGUCUGCACAUGCAUCGUACGGGUAGCUUCCGCAGGUCAGGAUGGCUGGCAUACUCUUCAGUGGCAGCCUCAUUCACCCAGACCAAUUGACUGCCUCGUCGCAUCACACAUCCUUGCCUCUUCAGCUCUGAUUGUCCAGUGCUGAAUCUAGAUGAUUCGUCUCUGGAUGUUUAUGUUUUGCAGGCGUUCGCAGGUGAUUGUGCAUGGGAACAGCCUUGUAUUGGAUUCUUUGAGUUUCGGCCUUGCAGAUCUCUCAACCAGUAAGCUUGAGCUUCAUCUGUCUUGGGAUCAGUUUCUAGACCUCUAUAAUCAAGGAACCUGUACCCGAUGAUUGAUCAGAAAAGGAGAGCAACCUUCUCCAACUUUUGAGACUACUUUCUACUGCGCCACGGCCGGGCGAGAUGUCCUUGGUCAAGCCAUCAGAUCAGCCUGGUUGUCUCAGGCGGGUGAUCAUCAACACCACCACCACCACCACAAUCAAGACCCUCCCCAAAGUUGUGGACAAAUACCUGAGACCCUGAGUGAGAGUGCUGAAAUACCUGGACAAAAGCCUCCCAGGUUCAUCCUAAUUAUCCGAAACUUGUCCCAGUAUUUCUGUCACUUAUGAUCGAGGUCUCAAGUUUUCUUACAUCCUGCAGCAUCCCAUCACAACGCCUUUCUUGAUUCGUUCCUCUCACAUUCCCCCUACACCCAUCUUUUAUCCUAUUGAUACUUUCGGUUUCGCGAAACACCCCGUAUGUUCGUCUCGUGGUUAUCAACUGCCGAGAAGUACUGGCGUUUUAGACCGGGGUCAUGAUAUGGAAAUUUGCCUCGUCUUUGAUCCUCAGACUCAUAGCCUCUGUGUCGUUGGUCAGUCCAUCGUAUACGACAGCCUUGGACAAAUGUAUUGGCUGUUGCAUCUGAUAGCAUAUUGGCUGUCUGGUGGCUUGGCUGGCGUCCCCAAAUUUGGCACCUUCAGCCUUUCACAUCGCAUAAGUGGUGUCCCUCUCGAAUGUUCUAAUGUACGCUGCUUGUUCCCGCCCCUCUCUCCGCAAAGCUGGGUUCACCUUGUUUGUCUGGCUUUGUCUCUCCCUGAGUCACCGCCAAACGCCAACACCACGAGACGUCAACUUCUCACAGCCUUUCAUUGAUAAUCCGGAAUAAGCGCUCGGCAAGUGUUGCGCUAAGCAGAACGACACCCAUUCAAGGUACACCACCCGUCCCCGUGCACUCGCUUUCUCGAUCGUCCAACCACUCCCACUCAGACCAGGAGAUACCUGGUCACCACACCCUCAGGUUCGAUGAGAUCGACUCUUCCUUGACAUGGGCAGCAUAGUGCCUAGUAUCUUGAGAAGCCUCAUGAUCCCUGCCCCACAUCAUCCGACUCAACCCCGGCGGCGUCAUCAGUCUUGCUCCCCCACCAUGAUCACGACUUUUUGGUGUUUAUCGCCCCCUUGGACGCGUUGCGUCUGUAUCGCCAAGCCUGGAUUGUUUUAAAUCCUGCUGUACUUGGCAACAGGAGUACGGAGUACACAGUCCGGUCAAAAGUCUCCGGCCUGUGACAUUUCCCCGCCUGCGUCAAGGGCCCUGCCUGUAUUCCCUGCUGCAGAGACCCUGAGGACGAUCGCAACGGCCACUACGUCUAGUUCCUGCAAGAAACCAUCAUUUGCAACACAACUUCCUGUUCAUGUUGAUGGGUACAGUAGGGCCCGAAGGAACCGGAUCGCUACAACCAUGCUCCCAUCUAUCAUCUAGUGUUGCUUGUGAAUACCAUACUGGUCUUCAAAGCAUGAUAUGACACCAUUCUUAUGGAAUCACGACAAAGAAUUCUUCUGUCAUCAACUCCAGUGUCCUAGAGCGUCUGACGGGCUCUUCCAAGGUCUACGAUAGCACCAGUCAUGCGCUCUAUGACUAGCACAGCGCCCAGAGCCUCGUUUGCUGACACUCUCAUGACAAAACCCAAUGGCAGGCCUUGCUCCUCUUCGGAUGACCUUCUUGCCUGGCGCAUGUCUUAAGCCCGGCCUCGUAUCAGCACCGACGAAUGGGACGGGCCGGUGAGGUGAGGUCAAAGACCUUCCGGCCGGACGCGUGACGAGCCGUGCUCUCUCCACUGCGGAGGAGACGUUGUGGCGAAGGCUGGGGAAUGUUGGUGUUGCAGUGAGGAACUUGUGGCUGGUGAUGUUGAUCAGUUUGGAGAAGGGUGGUAGGCGUGUCUGCCAUCCAGUGAUGUUGUCGAAUCGUCAAAACACGGAGGUGAGCAAGGUGACAGGUUGUGGCGUUUCAUUCUAGCGUAUUCGUUCAAGACCGAAGGCGGUCUGUUCCCCUUUUUUGGUCUAUCACGGCCGUGAACUUGUCUACUCCGGCAAUGUGAGACAAACAGAUGAAAAGGGCAAUGAAGGUAGGUCUCGAGUAACACUCGGCUAGAAAGAGUGAGUUUUGGGUAAUGUUCUUGUCGAGUCAGGCAUCGAAGGAUGUGCCAAGAUAUUCGGAGGACUUUUGAUACGGUCAAACCCACAUCUGAUCACGAGAAGGUGUCGAGGGGAAAGAUAUUGUACAUCAGGACAUGAUCUCGGUUGAUGUCAUCGUUGUAGUCUUGAGCUCGGAAAAGACGGAUGUCAGUGGGAUAUCCGUGAGUGCCAUCAACGAUUUGGAUAUGGAGAGAAGGCGCGCGAGACAACCGAGGACAUCUCGUCGUGGCACUCGACGCGCAGGUAGAUGGGUGAGCAGAUCUAUGGGAUGCAAAGCUGGCAAGUGUUUCCCUGUCCUUGAUCAUCCAUGAAACUGCUUUCUGGGGGUGUUGUACACGGCCCGCCCGGGCUUUGUGUGCACUACAGUAUUUAUUAUCCGCGUAUCCAGCCAGCUUAGGGAGGCCGGCCUACCUUAUCUUCCUCGUAGUCAUGCUGCCAGUCGUAUGAUGUUCCACCGACCGAACCAUCGUAAAUAACAGCAAAAAACAAAACAUUCUCCGGUACAGGGAAUCGAACCCUGGGCUCCGCGGAACUGAUCUCUCAGGUUAUGAGAGCGCGAAAUGUUAGCCACUACACCAUACCGGAUGUUGUGAUAGUGGCCGCUCAGAUUGAGACUCAUGAUUCCGUGACUGGGGUCGUAGCAGCGAGAAAGCAGCAAGGCAUAAUUGUCGUUCCCAGGGGACAAAAGAACAGUUGGAUAAAAGAAGAGGAACGUGGAAUCCGAGUAAUGAGUAAUGUGUUCAGUCACUGGCCUACCACUAUAGUCAGAAGGGAGUUACUCCUAAGAGUUCCAGCUAUUGUAGCUCAUGACACAGGUUGUGAGCGCAAUCAUGCACGCAAUAAUAAUCGGGUCAAUUGUGAGGUCCAGCACUUCUCCACGGCAAAAGGAGACCGUUUGACAAAGGAUAAUUGCCAAAGGUUGG